AAGCAGCGGACGCACAAUUACAGCGCUGCAUAUUUGUAGCGUUCGUCAGUCAGUCGGCGCAUCGCACAUGAGUUCAUGAGUUUUUAAUAACGCAGCGGAAGUUUUUUGCACCGUUCAUUGUAGUCGUUUUUGUUUUAUGCGAUGAGCAAAUCGCUCAGCAAGGAAUGCCGCUGUUGCAUCGAGAGAACAGAUUCUGCACAAUUUUAGACAUAAUAAAUGUGAAAACCCAGACCUCGUGAGCAAUAAUAAAACAUCAACGAAGCAUACGUAUAGUUAUUUAAACGUCGCACCAAAAUACCGUUAUACAUUUACAAAGCAUCAGACAUGAAACUACAUAAAAGCAGUUAUUUCCAGCGAAUGAAAUGAAUCAUUCAAGCGCGAGAAUCCACAGCAGCACUUGGUCCCGUUCACAUGGUGGUCGUUUAUGCACCGCAAUUUCCAGCCGCUGCGAAAUUGUCACGUGUUUUAUUGUGACCAAUGGUGGAUGCCACAAUUGAGGCGUUAUCUCGCACAUCGUAAUGCAACAUUGGAGUGGAAUUGCCAAAACGUGCAAUAGAUACGUUGUGUCGCCACGCCCCCACUACCACUAGAUGCAGUGGAAGAAGAAGUUUACUCGAUUGAAAGCAGCUACAGGAAAUUCGCGUGCGCGAAGAAUGCUUUGUUGUGGACGAAGAAAGGAAAAUGGAAGAUCAGUUCCUGAUGUUACCGCCAGCCCUGGUCGUGCGCCUCCUGGUCCCUUGCCGGCGAACCAAAUGCAAUCGUUGGCCAAUCAGCAGCAGCAACAACAAUCGCAACAUCAUCAGCAACAACAACAACAUCAGCAGCAGCAACAACAACGACCUGGUGGUAAGGAACCAGUCUUGCUGCAAGGUGACUUUCGCAAGGUGUCGGGUAUCAGUUCGGAGAUCUUUCGGCAGAUAGAAGCAGUCGAAAAUGAUCAUGAUCCGAAUACGGCAGCCGCGCUGGAGGCGGUGGAGAGAAGAGGUGAAAUGAUCGUGCGCAUUCUGGAGCCGCGUUGCAUCGGUGGAAAACAAGCCGUGGAGGCAGCUCACAAAUUGCUGUCCAAAGGAGACGCCCGACAUACAGUACAGCUUGUUGAGAUAGUGAAGCGUCCGGGCCAGACAUUGGGUUUAUACAUACGUGAGGGCAAUGGAGCUGACCGCACCGAUGGAGUUUUCAUCUCUCGAAUAGCAUUGGAAUCUGCAGUUUACAACAGCGGUUGUUUGAGGGUGGGUGAUGAAAUUUUGGCCGUUAAUUUGGUUGAUGUAACUCACAUGUCCUUGGAUGAUGUCGUAAUUAUAAUGUCAAUUCCCCGGAGACUGGUCUUGGCAAUACGCCAAAGACGUGACAGUCGGACUACGGGCUCGCCAGGACCACCAACGUUAUCACGGCCCGAACAAAAGCCACCGCCAGUUGUCGUAAUCAAACGUGAUCUCAGAGAUGAAGACUUAGAUGAGACAGAUCGCAUGCCAAGAUCCCGAUCAUCACGCGAAAGACGUACAGGAGAUGGACGUGAAAUGACCGAGUCUCGCUCUCGUCUCGGUUUGGGUCUGAACAACUAUAGCCCGCAAUCCGAGCAAUUGGACAUGUAUUACAAUACACGCACCGGUGUGAGUGCGAUGAAUGAGCCACCCAGUUGGGGUUACAAACCACCGCCACCACCUUCGGUAAUAACGGAACAGCCUAAAGGUCAUGCUUUUGCUCCUUCGCAUGCGUACUAUCAAAAUGCUGGCACCCUGGAGAGUUUAGCUGAGAAAGUGCACGCAUUCUAUCCCAGUGGCCCUUCCCGUCGUAUGUCCACUGGUACUGGUGUUGGUUUAGCGCAACAGCAUGCACGCUUUCCGCGAUCUGGAUCAGAUCAACAUUUACCACGUGUGGAAUAUGCAGAUUAUUCAAAUUCUUUAGGUCGUCAUUCUUUAUUACGGUCCAGCUUGAAACCAGGUACGGGAGCUGCACCCAUCGCGGUAGGUGGCACUCUGGGCCGUUAUGGCCGUUACGAACCACCGCGUCAAUCCUCCAAGUAUGCACCGCCAAAUAUAGGAGCUCAGUCGCUAACACGGCGUUCGCGGCCAAAUCUUGAUUAUUCCAGCGACACAGAGGCAACCAUAGGACCACGGCCAAGCUAUUAUUACUACAACCGACCUGCUGUGGGUAGCAUGCCACGCGGCGCCGGUGGAGCAGGUGUCGGUGGAGCCGGCAUGCUUGGGGGUGGGCCAGAUAUGGCUAAAUUUAAUUCACUGCCACGCGAACGUCCGGGUGUGCGUCUACAAGGUAUACGCUCACGCAUCGGCGAUCGUAUAAUGGAUGAAAGUGACGGUAACAUAUCGGCACCGGAAUUCAAUGCACGUCGAGAUCGCGAUCUGAGAUCGCGUAUAACGGCGAGUCCUUCAAUUUUCACUUCGGACGAGUACCGAGCGUGGUUGAGGCGCGCACCCAGCAGUUCAGCUAUAGCGGAGCAAAUGCGCAUGACGAGGGAUCUGCUUAGUCAGCCACGAUCACAUCGGUUUUCGUGCAGCGCUGAAAAUAUACACGAUGCGUUGAAAAAUACCGAAAGCAUUUACUCCAGUCGAACGGGCAUACUCGGAACUGGUACACUAGAUCGUCACUUAGGCAUGCCGCGUCCAAUUUCAGCAUUACCAGUCCGCUCGAUGUCAUCACAACACAUUGGAGGACCAUCAUCGAUACGUUCGCCAAGCAUACGUCGUAUGCGGCAACUACUCGAGCUGUCCGCUGGUCCGGCUAGUCCAAGUGGCAGUAUUAUGAGUACCGGCGGUCAUCAAAGUCCGGCGCCGACGCCCAGCGCCACACUACCCAGAACGCACAGACAAAUUGAUAUUAAUCCAGCGGAGUUUGCCAAGUACAAACUCGACAAACCGAUAGUCGAUAUUGGCGGUAUAUCGGGCAUGUUGUGGAUUCAUUUGCUUGCGGGCCGUGGCUUACGUUCGGCACCCGAACUAAGCGCACAGCACGUUGGUGGCCCACAUCAUGCUGCCCAAACACAGACACGUGAUCUAUAUUGUGUAAUUGAAUGUGAUCGUGUGCAUAAGGCACGCACAGUAGUGCGAUCCGGUGAUCUACAAUUCGACUGGGACGAGUCUUUCGAGUUGGACUUGGUGGGCAAUAAGCAACUGGAUGUAUUAGUUUACUCUUGGGAUCCGCAACAUCGGCACAAGUUGUGCUAUCGUGGUGCCAUUUCCUUGUCCAUACUGCGACAAUCACCGCUACACCAGUUAGCGUUAAAGGUGGAACCACGUGGUACUAUUUACAUACGUAUGCGGCAUACAGAUCCCAUAACGUUAUAUCGACGACGCGGCCUACCUAGCUUAAGAGCCGGCUAUCCCAUAUUAUUCGGCGCCGAUUUGGAAACGGUGGUGAAUCGUGAGUCUAAAGGCGCUCCCGGUAGUGCUCCUGUGCCAAUUGUGUUACGACGUUGCGUCGAGGAAGUGGAGCGGCGUGGCUUGGAUAUUAUUGGUCUGUACCGCUUGUGUGGCUCAGCAACGAAAAAGCGUCUGCUGCGAGAAGCCUUCGAGCGUAAUAGUCGAGCCGUGGAAUUGAGCCCUGAACAUGUUCCUGAUAUUAAUGUUAUAACUGGGGUGCUGAAGGACUACCUAAGAGAGUUGCCGGAGCCACUGUUUACGCGUUGUCUUUUCCAGAUGACUGUCGAUGCUUUGGCUGUUUGCCUGCCCGACGACCCCGAGGGCAAUGCGAAACUAAUGCUCAGCAUACUUGAUUGCUUGCCUCGUGCAAAUAGGGCAACUUUAGUAUUCCUGCUCGAUCACUUGUCGCUCGUCGUCUCCAAUUCGGAACGCAAUAAGAUGUCAGCUCAAGCUUUGGCCACCGUUAUGGGACCACCAUUGAUGCUACACGCCGCUAACGCUCAACCCGGUUCGGAUAUCGACCACGCCCAACCAAUUGCCGUGCUGAAAUAUCUGCUGCAGAUUUGGCCGCAGCCGCAGGCACAGCACCACCAAGCGCCCGGCGGCGGUCUCGUUAGCGCGACCGGCAUGAUGGGCAGCAUGGUUGGUGCGGGCGGUGCUCUGGCGGGCGCGGGCAGCAUGAGCAACAUGGCUGGCGGUGUUUCAGGUCGGCGCGGCGAGUCAACAGGGCAGCGUGGAAGCAAAGUCAGUGCGUUGCAAGCGGACAGACAACUUCUACUGCAGCAGCAGGCGCAGCUCAUGGCGGCGGGCAAUCUUCUACGCUCGUCCACUUCGGUAACCAACAUACUCUCACAAGGCCAUCAUCCGCUCUCAGCCACAGUCAACAGUCAUCUGUAUCAAUCAGUAGUGGGUCAGUUAGCUCAAUCGCCUCGAGCCUUGCAACAAGCGGUGCAACAGCCCCAUCAAUUGGCGGGCUCAGCGGCCUCAGCAAUUCUCGACCAAUCGCCACUGCCACUUCCAGGCACACCCUCCCCCGGCAGUAGUUCGGCAUCGACCGGUUCCGGCUCGGGAUCCGGUAAAAGUACUGAUACAAUAAAACGUGGUGCGUCGCCCUCCUCGGUCAAACAUGUGAAAAUACAAGAAUCCGCCAGUACGUAUUCCAUGACACAGAAAAAACUCACAAAAGACUCGCCAAUCGAUGACACUUCAUUUCCGUUAACCAGUGCCGAAGCAGCAGCAUCAACAGCGCCAACAAGAAAAGGUGUCGAAUUUUACGAACCGCACAAACCUCAUACGAAGAGUGACGAGAUCAGCAGUUACUCGAAAUAUGGCGAGUUGGGCGCAAAAACACGCACAUCCUACAGCGACACGAGCACUUAUGGUACGGGUGCUGGCAUUGGCGCAAGUAAAACGGCACUUUCGAGUCUCUCCACUGAAGAUUACAAAGCGAUGCGUAAUAAAUCGAGCGCCACAUCAUCAUCCUCCUCAUCACAAGCGACGGUUUUGAGUGCGGCAGGUUCCACUGCCACCUCAGCCCCGACCACAUCGUCGGAUGACUCGGAUGACCUUAUAUCAUAUAAGUCCUCAGCAUCAACGAACGCAUUGUUGGCACAAUCGCAAGCAAUGACCACAUCCCAGCUCAUGUCUAAGUAUCUUAAGCGGGAGCCGCGCGUACAGUUUACGCCAAUCAAAUCACCUGAUUCACCAUCGCCACCGGGUAGUGAUGGUCUGCCUAAAGGCGUUUACCACCUAACGACAUCGAACAGUAAAACGCCCGCUUCUACGGGCGCCAUUAGUAAACAUUCCGCGCCGAGUUCGAGCGAUCCCAAUGGCAGCAGCAAUCAUAAGGGCUCAUCACCGUCUAGGCAAGUCAGCGGCAAGGAAGCAUCAUCAUCAUUAUCAACGUCACUGGUGUCGACUGGUAGGCGACUAUUCGACAGUUUGGCAUCAUCAGAAGCCGAGGCACGACCUCAAGCGGGGGCCAGCAGCACAACAACAACAGCAGCAACGUCUGCAACAUAUAACGAUAGUAAAAGUGUAGCAAGUAGUCACAUUAGCAAUAAGCAACAAAGUUCAGAACACAGAAGUUAUGGUAGUAGUCUGUUUGGUAGUAGCGCGCAGGCUGGCACAAGUCCAUUCGCCACGGCCAACGGCAAUGGUAAUGGCGGCGGCGGCUCAGCGUCCAACGGCACUCACAAUGCCAUGCACUUGUACGGCACGUUGCCCAAAAAUGGUCCGGCGGCCAAUGCAACAAGUAACGGUUCCUCUGGCGGCGCUGGUGGCAUGUACGGUUCCACCACAUCCGCCUCAUACUAUUCGACAUCGUCAUCGUCGGGUGCGCACACAGCCAGUAGUAGCGGUGUGAGCUCAAUGACUGGUUCCACCACCAGCUACGACUACUACACGCCCGGUUCGGCUUCGUAUACGUCGGCGGCUAGCACGCGCUCUUACGGUAAUGGCGGUGGCAAUGGGGGCGGUGGUAAUUACCACACUUUGGGUACAUACAGGGUGCAGUAUGCCGCCACUAAUCCCUUUUUGGAAGCAUUCGAUGCGCCUGGCAAUGGUGGCGGCGCUGGUAACGGGGGCAACGGCGCGGGCAAUGGUAAUCGCAGUAGUAGCAAUAAUGGUGGUAAUGGACAGCAGCAGGGUAAUGGUAAUAGCGGUAGUAGUAGUCACAAUCGAACAUCGCUCUUGGCUGCCUUACAUGGUAGCGACUCGAAGAACGGCAGUGAUGAGUUUGACGAUCUGAAGUGAAAGCUUAAACGAAAUAACGAAGUGUGGGCGCACGAUUUUCAUACAGCAUUGCUUGGUGUGCUUAAAAGCGGUUGAAUUUAUAGCUUUUUAGUACAAUGAAGCAUUAUUUUGAUAUGAAAUUUAAACCGUUUUUUGAGUUGUUUCACAUUUUAGUUUCGAAAUUUACUUUCAAAACCAAGGAAAUAUUUUCUGUGGACAUUUUGGUGUGAGCAAGUGCGAAAUUGUUCUUGUUCACAGUUCUUGUGUUCUUCGAAGCGUAAUUAAGAAGUAGAGUAAAGUAAAGAAAGUAGAAAAAGUGAAAGAGAAAGCUUACAUAUUCAUUUCGAUUAGAUUUUGAAAUAGAUUUGUAUCUGUUGCUUGACUGACGGUUUCUAACUGACUAGUUGACUGUUGGGUCCUUAAAAAUGUCAAAUAAGCUGGCAGCUGACAGUUGGUGAUCUUCCAAACGUAGAAAAGCUGACAAUUGAUAGUUU